AUGGCCAAGGGAGCCAAGACGGAGGAAGCGCCUGCGAUGAUUGCCGAGGUUCUGAGUGUCCCCAUUCUCGAGACCGUAAAAGCUGCACAGCUGCAAAAUGGACUGCGUCAUCGCGACUUCCAGCGCUACCGUCAGUACUGUACCCGCCGCCUGCGCCGCAUCCGCAAGUCGGUCAAGUUUACGCACGGAAAAGGGAAGCAGUUUAUUAACAAGAAGGUGGACGCUGAGACGGCGAUCGAGCAUCGGCUGUUGUAUCUGCCGCUGUACAAAGCCGAGCGGGCUUGGGCUUACGCCAUGCAACUGAAGGAGGACGACAAUUUGGACAAGUUGGAGAACGGAGAAGACGCCAACUCGCGCAUUAAAUUCCACUUGACGGGGCGUCUCCGCAAGGCUGCAGAGUGGAGUCAGCGACUGGCUGCGAUCUGCACAGUUCGCGCUGACGCCCGCACGAGUCUCGAAGCAGAGGCUUAUGCUGCUUACAUGGCUGGCAACUUGGCUUUUCACCGAGAAGAACAUGUGGAAGCUUUGGAGAAGUUUGGUACUGUGCGACGCAUCUACGUAGACCUGUCGCAGGUGGGCACGUUCUCCCAAAAAGAGCUGUUCUCGCGCUCAGCAGAUGAGCUGCAGCCGUUCAUCCGCUUUUGUGAGCAUCGACUGGCGCUGCAGGGAUGCACAGGCAGUCCAGCAGAGACAUCGUCGCUGGAGUUGCAAGCAGGCAGCGAGGGUGCCAACAACUCCCUGCUGCAGUCGAAGAUUGAGCUAGUGCUGCUUGAAGCGCGGAAGCAAAAGGUCGCCAAUCUGGGGUCUGUGGAGUGGAAGCAGCAGCAGCUUACAGUGCCGACACAGGAGAUCGGUUUGGCAGUUGUUCGCACCGAUGAGCUUGCUGCCAAGCUGGAAGCGGCGCAGAAUGAAAGGGCCCGUGAGGCGCGAUUUCUGGAGUUACUAAGUGCCUACGAUGCACUUGUGCACACUCUGAAGAGUGCCACAAUGAAGUUGGAACAGCAGGCCAAAAGCGGCAGUGCGCUUGUACACUCGGACUUGGAGUUACUCGCUGCGCUGGAGGAGUAUGCACGCUUCAAGAAGCUGACUAAGCAGCUUGAUCGCCAAGCUACUGUAUAUCGGACACUUAAGCAGUGUUUCUCGGCGCAACAGGCUGGUGAGCUCACGCAUAUUCUGGACAUGCUUGUACAGACUGUGGGUGGCAUUCUGAUCAUCCCUGGUCUACGUGAGCUUGAGCCCCGUCGCGCUUCGCAGUACAGUGCCUACCACGCGGUCUUCCGUGCGUGCCGUGCAACGACGAUUGCACAGACCUACCUGCUGCAGCAUGGUUUCGGGGAAGCGAUGGCCUUGUACCAGUACGCAUCCGGGUUUUUGACCGAAGCUGAAGACAUUCUGGCUGCACAGCCGGCAGCUAAAGACGACCUUCUGCAGGAGCUUACGCGCGAACUGCACGAAGAGCUUGCGGGUGCUGUUAGUCGUGCGACAGCAGAGAGCUUUUUGAGGUCUUCAACGUGUGCUGAUGCCAUGCGUGUGGAGCUGGAUCAGUUGUCGUUGUCAGGUAAGGAAACGGGUAAGAAGGGCAAGAAGGACAAAAAAUGCAAGAAACGUCGAGUCCGUACUCUUGUGGAUCGUCAGAACGAGUUUGACGCUGGUACGAUGGAGGGCCACCGCGAGUUAGUGAAGCUGCCACCCGAGUUCCGCGCCGUGCCGUGCAAGCCACUGCUGUUCGACGUGGCCUUCAAGGAGCUCGAGUUUCCAGACCUGACACAGCGCACGAAGACAGACGCCGAGAGAGCUGCCGAGACUGCAGAUGCCAGUGCGACUGGCGGUUUUUUCGGCUGGUUCCGCAAGUAG